GAAAAGCAUAUUGCGGGCUCUGAAGUCGAUCUGCGGGUGACAAGACGCAACAAAUGUCAAUUAGGAGAGAAAUAUUUAGCUAGCGAGUAUUAAUUUUGAGUAUUUGUCAUCGAUAAAAGUGAGCCAGGAAAAGAUUCCAUUGUUUCCAGCUUUUGAGAUAGCCGAAGUGUUCCAAGUGUUCAGAUCAAGGUUUUCAGCAACACCAGAGGUACUUCCGGCUUUAUCUCGAUCACUACCAGUGUUGUAUCGAUCGAUGCUGGAUAAAUUAUUUUACAAGCACCUCUGUUCAUAUGGAAUCAAACGCAAAACGAAAAUAACCCCAGAUUGUAUUGAUAAACCCUCAAAGGACAAUGGGCAGCGAAUAUCUGUACGUUCCUAAGGAAUUCAAAGGUCAUGUUAUUGGAAGAGGAGGACUAGUGAUGAAGAAAAUAAGAAACAGUUCUGGGGCAAAUAUCACUUCGAGGAGCAAAGAUGAUGAAGGAUUUGCCAUCACUGGUAACACGGAACAAAGAAUACUUGCGAAGAGAUUAAUCUCAGAAAAAGUGGAGGAAGUUAAGAGAAGGAAAACAGAAGGAACUCCCGGUGAAUUGAUAAAAAUUCCAGAUGACUACAAAGGAAUUGCCUUUGGUGCUGGAGGCGAUACCCUCAAAGAAAUCAUGACACAGACCGGGGCAACAAUGAUUCGUAUACAAGGGGAAGUGUAUAUAACGAGUGGUAGCAAGUCUCAGAGAGAUAUGGCAAAAUUACGUAUUUGGAGUAAAGUGGCAGGGGCAAGGCUAAGGGGAGUUGAAAAGCCCUGCAAUAAGGUUUGUUGCUAUAUCGAUGGCUGGAGUCUUCCGGAAAAUUCUAAGUUAAAACUGGAGCCUCUGAAAAGUUGGUUGUGUCUUCUGGAAAAAGAUAAACAAUAUCGACUGCAACCGGUCGAGGAAUAUGAAUCAUUGCAGGAAUCAAGUUGUAGUGAUAGCACGGCAUACGAGUCGAGGCUGAAAGAAGAUGCUUUGCAAUCUCUGGGCAGGAUCAAAAGGGAAAAGGGGUCGCGGGCGGACAUGUGGUGUCAUUUUGGAAAAGUAAUUAUUCGCGGACCCGAUGAAGAGGAGGUUUCAGGUGAAGAACAAUGGAGUGUCGAAGAAGCAACAAAAAAAUUACAAUCUCAGGAAGGACAGGAUUACUGGAAAAUCGCAUUUCAAGAAGGUGUUAAUGUUGACAAGCACGUCUUAGAGAGAAACUUCGGUCAGAAGUACCCCAGGGAAUAUUAUGCAAGAUAUGACUUGACCUUCGUUGUAUCCAGCGGACACGAAUUGAAGGGGAAGAUAUGGGUACUGAACAAGGACGCUGACAACACAGUGAAAGAGAAAGCAGUCCCAUUUUGUGACGUCAAAAACAUAAUCGAAGAAAUUCACUUCGAAGAUGAAAAAACACGCUCGCGGUGCCGAGGAUGGCUGGUCCUUCCAUCUCGUAGGUUUCUACAGGCUGACAUUUUGUUUCCUGGAAGCGAGUUUGAUUGUAGAAUAACUUUACGAGAACGAAGUGAUGAUGCCGUCUCUACCGGCUAUGCUGCAGAUCUAGACAAAAAUGAAAGACGAGCUCUGUUGUCAUAUCUGUCCAACAUAACUUUUACGUUCACCGAAGACGACGAAGUGAAUGGACCAAAUCUCCCUGCCGAGGAAUCUUUGUCGAAGGAGUUAUUUCUACGUCACAGACGAUGCUCUCAUCGAACUAUAUUCGAACCACAAGCUGGAUUUUUAGUUAUCCUUUCUAGAGAGAUAUCGUUGUCCAGCGAUAUAGAGGAAGAAGAGAAAAGAGAGACGAUUGAUCUGCAUCUACACUGCAAAGACUGGGACGAACAAUUAAAGAAUGAAAAUUGGAAGCCUGAAGACAUCGUUGCAAAAUUACCUGAGUUUCUUCAAUUUGUCAAACCAGUUCAGAGUGUUAUUUGCAGUGAACUGCGACACAGUGACGUAAACACUUGAAAACUUAAUUAGUUUGUUACAGGUGAUACGGUGCGUCACACCACGAGAUCAUCAACAAUUUAAAACUGUUCUUCCGUGAGGCCCUUUAUUUAUAGAGUAGAACGUGUGGAAGAAAGUACUUGUUCCAUAAUUAAUAAUUCAUCAAUCAGCUAUUCGAUCGAAUGUAUCUUUCAUAACUCAUACUGCCGCGAAAAAGUGUAAUAUAUUCAAAGAAGAAAUUCUCUUAGUUUUAAAGGAAUGAAGAAUAGUGUCGUACACUGUCGGUUACCCCAUGAGUUUCUGGUACACAAGCGAAGACUCGUCAAAACAUAUGAACACUGUAACAGUAAUAAAUUAUAUGCGAGGAAUUAGCGUAAGAAAUCAUUGAGUAUUUUAAACCAAUAUCUAAGUCUUAAGGACAAAGAACCACCCUGACUUAAUUGCUGCAAGAUUUAAGACGGCUCUGAAUCUCUUUCUCCCCCCCCCCCAACUCAUUAUGUGUUUUUUUUAACAUUAUGUAAUCACAGGGGGGAUGCUGAUAUUCUAUUCAUGUUAAUUGUUGCACGUCUGUUUGCACAAUAAUUCUUAAUAAAGACCAUUAUUAUUAUUAUUAUUAGAUUGUUAUUCAGAUUCUAAAAUGGGAGUAAUCGGGACGCUUGUGAGUUGGCAGGUUAUACUAUUGCAACAGGCAUAAUUUUAAGUCAAGAGUGCUAGUUAAGAGAGGAUGAUUUUAACGUCUUUCACCGUUGAGGGGAUAGUAAUAAUAAUAAUAAUAAUAAUAAU